AUGGGCGGCGACCGCGUCAACGUCUUCGCGCGCGUGCGGCCCCUGGGCAGCGCGCGCGCCGAGAGCGACAGCGAAGCCGUCCGGCUCGACGGCGACACGAACAUCACGGUGGACGACAUCGAGGGCGCCAUCAACGAGUCCCUGCGCGGGUCCAGCGGCGCGUCCCUCGGUGACGCCCUCAAGGCGUCGGCCCAGCGCAAGACCUUCGAGUUCGACGGCGUCUUCGGCGGCGAGAGCGAGCAGGCCGAGGUCUUCAAGGAGGUCGGGUUGCCCGUCGUCGACGCGGUGCUGGCCGGGUACCACGGGUGCGUCUUCGCCUACGGCCAGACGGGCAGCGGCAAGACCUACAGCCUGCUCCACGGCGGGUCCGCGGCCCACAGCUUCCAGGACUCGGGCCUCCUGCCGCGCCUCGCGGCGACGCUCUACGUCAAGGCCGCCCGCGACGUGUCGCACGACUACACGGUCGAGGCGGGCUGCUUCCAGGUCUACAACGAGCAGGUCAGCGACCUGCUCCACCCGGAGCACCGGAGCGGCAAGGGCGCGAACCUGAGCGUCUCCAAGGACCGGAGCGGCCACGGCCAGGUGGACCAGCUCACGUGGGUCGCGUGCGGCUCCGCGAACGAUUUGCUCGCGCAGUUCGCGUCCGCGCGGAAGAACGUCGUCUACGCGGAGACGAAGAUGAACAAGGCGAGCUCUAGGAGCCACGCCUGCUUCCAGCUCCGCGUGUCCCGGCGGCCGAAGCAGGCCGGGGCCAGGGGGACCGUGAGCCUCUGCUCCGUCGUGGACCUCGCGGGGUCCGAGCGCGUGAAACGGAGCGGCGUCGCGGGCAAGGAGCUCAAGGAGGCCAUCAACAUCAACGGGAGCCUGCUCGCGCUGGGCAACGUCGUCGCGGCCCUCGCGGCGAAGAAGAAGCACGUGCCCUACCGCGACAGCAAGCUCACGCGCGUGCUCGAGGGCUCCGUCGGCGGCAACUGCAAGACGACGCUACUAUGUUGCUGCUCGCCGUCCGCGGACUCGACGAGCGAGACGCUGGCGGCCCUCGCCUUCGCCGCGCGGGCCAUGCGCUGCGAGUGCAAGGCCGUCGUCAACGAG